AUGGAUGAUCCAGAGUACCAGCGAGCAGGUGCACUGUUUGACAAGAGACACAUGUGCGUCGUUGAUCCGCUGCCCAAGUCGUUGCAGGCGGCUUUCGUCGAAGCUAGGAAGGAUACGACGGUGAAUCAUUCAAUGAACGGUCAACGCAAGUUUGAGAACAAUGGUUCGCUGAAGGACUACAGUAUUAUUGAGAAUUUAUACCGCAUCGAGGUGCCGACGUUGGUGCUCAACGGACGGUACGACUCCAUGGUGGACAAAACCGUCAAACCAUUCUUCUGGCGCAUUCCGCAAGCCAAGUGGGUUCAGUUUGCGGAGUCGUCCCAUACCGCGUAUGUGGAGGAGCCGGACAGGUUUUUUGAAGUCGUUGGUCGGUUUCUAGAGUUAACUCCUAUUUGA